GCAGCCAUGGCGAGGACUGCGGCGGCGGUGCUGGUGGCGGCGGCGGUGCUGGCGGCGGCGCUGGGGGCGGCGGUGGCGCGCCCCGCCAGGUACGACCAGAGGCAGGACGGCGACUGGAACCUGCACGCGCACCUCGAGAACAUCGUCAUCGUGUACAUCAGCAAGGGCUCGGGUCUGGGCGCGAGCCUGCUGGACCUGGCGGCCAAGGCCAAGGCCAAGGCCGCCGACAAGCCCGGCCAAGUCCUCGUGGAGCUCAAGUCCGCCGAGCAGCAGUCCGAACCAGAGAGCUUCGAGGAAAAGUCCUCGGAAGAGAAAGAUUCCAGUGAAAAAUCUUCGGAAGAGAAUAUGCCGAUCAUUAAAUAUUCCGAAGAGGAGAAUUCAGAUGAAAAAUCUUCGGAGAAUAUGCCAAUCAUUAAAUAUUCUGAAGAGAAGAAUUCGAAUGAAAAAUCUUCGGAGAGUAAUCCAAUCAUUAAAAUAUAUUCUGAAAUGAAGAAUUCAAACGAAAAAUCUUCGGAGAAUAUGCCAAUCGCUAAAUCUUCUGAAGAGAAGAAUUCAAAAGAAAAAUCUUCAGAAGAGAUCUCCAAAGAAAAAUCUUCAACUGAAAAUAAUUCCAGUGGAAAAACUCCCGAAGAGAAGACGCCAAGCGGCAAAUCUCCAGAAGAGAACAGUCCCAGCAAAAAGUCUCCCGAAGAGAAGACACCUAGCGGCAAAUCUCCAGAAGAGAACAAUCCCAGCAAAAAGUCUCCCGAAGAGAAGACACCUAGCGGCAAAUCUCCAGACGAGAACAAUCCCAGCAAAAAGUCUCCCGAAGAGAAGACACCUAGCGGCAAUUCUCCAGAAGAGAACAGUCCCAGCAAAAAGUCUCCCGAAGAGAAGACACCUAGCGGCAAUUCUCCAGAAGAGAACAGUCCCAGCAAAAAGUCUCCCGAAGAGAAGACACCUAGCGGCAAAUCUCCAGAAGAGAACAAUCCCAGCAAAAAGUCUCCCGAAGAGAAGACACCUAGCGGCAAAUCUCCAGACGAGAACAAUCCCAGCAAAAAGUCUCCCGAAGAGAAGACACCUAGCGGCAAAUCUCCAGAAGAGAACAGUCCCAGCAACAAGUCUCCCGAAGAGAAGACACCUAGCGGCAAAUCUCCAGAAGAGAACAGUCCCAGCAACAAGUCUCCCGAAGAGAAGACACCUAGCGGCAAAUCUCCAGAAGAGAACAGUCCCAGCAACAAGUCUCCCGAAGAGAAGGAUCCUCAGGCGAAGUCUCCCAGCGAAGUCCCAGAGGCCGAAGAAGACGCCGAGAAGAAGCAGAAAGGCGCGAGGGUUCUCGCCCUGACUGGCGACAAGGCAGCUGGGAAGCAGAAGCACAUCUUCGCAGACGACAUCGAACCAUGCGUGCAGGAGUCGGACGAUGGACCGUGCUGGCCUGUGAACAUGGCAGCUCGAGAGAGGAUGGAGCGGCGGAGACAGCGCAUGAUAGACGUCUUGUCGGCGGGCAUGUCGCCGGCCUAUCAGCCGCCGGAACCUGGUCGGCGGACUGCAUCUGUCCAGCGGCCAGCACCUGUCCGGCAGACUGCACCUGUCUGGCGGACUGCAUCUGUCCAGCGUACUGCACCUGUCCAGCAGACUGCAUCUGUCCGGCAGACUGCAUCUGUCCAGCAGACUGCACCGCGUGAGCUGGUGCACCACAAGCAUUAGCCAAGCUGGCUGGUUGCUCGGCCGGCCUGAACAUCACCUCAGUUCACCGACUCGAACUCUAGAGAAAGACGGAUUUUAGAUUGAAACAGUUGAGUAAAAACAUAUACUCGUUCGUAAGUUUAAGAAUAAAAGCUUACAUUCAACUUUAUUCAUGUUAGAGCAAAUUUAUAUUAACGCGAAUAAAUAUUCUCAUCGAAAUAUUAAAACAAAAAAAAACACGGUGAGUUUAUGAAUAAUCUACAUAAAUUAUGCAUGACAUCAAUAUACGAAUUUGUAUAAUUUGUCCAAUGACGAUUUAUACACAUUAUUUUUAGUAAAACGUUUAUUUAAAAUAUGUGUGUAUAUAAACUUAAAGUUACAUAAAAUAAAUUUUUAUUGUU